AUGCUGAUAAAGUGGCCAUCUGUACAAGCAGGCAAUCGCCUAGAAGUGCCUAGCGAUGUCCCGGAUGCAUUUCAAUCGUUGAUUACCAGUGCCUGGGCUCAAGAUCCGGACCAACGGCCAACAUGUUUAGAGCUAAUGAAAACAAUUAAAGAGAUACAAACGAGCCCUCCAGUAUCUAACUACGAAUUAAUGCCACCAGCGACUAAAGGUCAUCCGACCCCGCCUCCCAGUGAAUGCAGAACGAGUAAUUCGAUUGUCAGUAGUCCAUCAAACGAUUCAAAUGUUAAACAUACAUUAGAUGAAAUAUUUCACUUGAACACUAAUGAUAGUAUACCAAAAUUAUUUAUUGUUUUGCCUGAUUUAGAGUAUACAUACAAUUCUAAAAAUAUUUGGAAUAAUAACUAUCGUGUAUAUUUUGUUUGUGAAUGUAAUGAACAUCCGCCGCCGCCGCCGCCGAUUGAACAUUUUCUUUUAGCCGCCGCCACCGACGGCGGAAAAUCUUUGAAUGAGGUUCCGCCGCCGCCGCCGCUGGUCGAAAAACUUCUGUUACACGCCGCCGCCGAUUUUCCGACCGGCGCACAGAUAGAUGGAUCAAUGAUUAUAAAUUCAUUAAAAGAAAAUCAAUUAUUGCGUGUUCUUGAUAUUAGCAAGAACAAAAUAGGUGAUGCAGGUGCUCUAGCUCUUGCAGAAUUAUUAAAUAUAUUAAAUAGUUUAAUAGAAAUUAAUAUGAGUGAAAAUGAAAUAACAUCAAAAGGUGGAAGUGAAAUUGGAAAAAUAUUAAAAACAAAUAGAACAUUAAUCAAUAUUGAUCUUAGUUAUAAUAAAAUUGAUGAUGAUGUUAUUUUAAUUUUUGCUGAUUUAUUAAAAAUAACUACAAUAUUGAAAAUUCUUAGUUUAAGUCGUAAUUGUUUUACCCUUCGUAGCUAUCGUGGGGUCCACGUGGAUCCACUUUGCAAUGUCUUGUUUCUUGCUAUGUUACUAUUAAACCUUUCAAUCCACUUUCUUCUGCAAUCAUUGGUAUAG